CUUAGCUAUACCAUCCUAUGAAUUUUUAUGUAUAUAAUAAUACUUAAUACGUUAGUAUGCGUGAGAUAUGCGAGAAAGAGAGAAUAGAUGAAAAAGAGAGUGAGAGGGAAGGAGAUAAAGAAAGCUUGAAUUGGAACAAGAUCGCCGGAAACCAUUUCCGGUCAACUUGACCAAAACCGCCGGAGUGACUACGGAACCGCGGGUCGAAAUUACACUGCAUGACCAUAGGAACGAAGGUCCCUGGGAGCGUGAGAAACCGCCGCUGGACGCCGGAGAUCGAAAAGGAAGGAUUCGCCGGUGAAGAAGCCCAAGUGCUCGCCAGACUGUCCGACCACUUCCACGCCGGAGGAGGUGAAACCACCGUUGCUCAGACCGCUGCCGAUGAUCGCCGCCGGUCUACUCCUCUCUCCUGCACAUGCCGGCCACCCGACAACUACCUCCACUUACCCACGUACGUUGCCCACGCAGGUCAAGUACAAAACACAAGAAACAUGAUAAAUCAGCUUGAUAAAUUUGUAAAACAUGCUAUAUAUAGCCGUUCAUCAUUUGCUCCUUUCUAGCAUGCGACAUAAUUAAUGCAAAUUCCAUGCAUUUGAUAUGGCGCUUAACUUGAUAAAGCAGCUUUGAUUCAUCUUGCUAGGGAGAUCAAGGCACACCCUUGCUUCUAUGGUGAGUUAGAGCCAAAUUAAAAGCAUGGAAGAUAUGAUAGUGCAAUUCCAUAGAAAGUAUAGUAUAAGGAAACAUCAAGUUAAUUGUGAAUUGAGGAACCACUUUUGUGAACUCAAGAACAAUAGCAUCUAUGAAGACGGAUUCAAUGCUCCUUCUCCACUGUCAAAUAUGUGCACUUACGCCUAUCUAUCUAUAGAUCGUGUACAUGCAAUCUAACGAUUCAUCAUCAACAAAUCGGAAUUAUCAAACACAUUCUUACAAGUUCAUUCAAAAGUUAGUAGAAGCUCAAUUAAAACGGUUGUUUAAGGCUCCGAUCAAGCGGCCAUUGAAGAAGAAGAUCGAAAGUGAUAACAAAUGAAUUGUUCAUUAUGUUCAUAAAUAAUCUGAAUUAUCACUGUCUAUCACAAUCUUUGUUUUUUUUUUAUAUGAUGAAUCUUUGUAUCACUUUAUAUGAUGAAUCUAUCACUUUUAUGCAGUAUCUGUGUCUUUGAGUUACUCUAUCUCAAAUGUCAAUAAAUAAUUAAUUAUACUAGUACUCCACUACAUAAUAGAUUUAAAUUCGCACUCUGUAUUAAUUAAUUGAAGUUAUAUGUUG